AUGAUGGGCAGGUCCGGCCCGCCCCUGGGCCAGGUGCCACCUGUGAGGAAUAAAGCCACGGCUGCCGAGGUGGCUCCAGAGGAAGCACCGCUGUCGGCCAUGAAGGGGAGCAGCACCGUCCUGCUGGUGGCCCUCACCUUGCUCUGCACCUGCAAGCUGGCCACAGGAGAGGACAACAAUGAAUUUUUCAUGGACUUCCUGCAAACACUGCUGGUGGGGUCCCCAGAGGAGCUCUACGAGGGGCCCCUUGGAAAGUAUGAUGUCAAUGCAGAUGCCAAGGCAGCACUGACGGAGCUCAAGUCCUGCAUAGACGGUCUUCAGCCUGAGCACAAGGCGGAGCUGAUCAAGCUGCUGGUACUGUGGCCAGGGGCACCCCAUUCCCUAAAGGACUGCAGCCCUAGCAGGACCCACAGCCCUGCUCCCCAGGCCCUCCACCAAAUGCUGUCAUCCCUGAUCACCUGUCCAACACAGGCCCCCACAGCCUACCACACCACAGACACCCCAGCCUGCCUCAGCCAGCAGAGAUGGACAUCCGAGACCUCACUGUCUACAGAGCAGCCCUCGGCUUCCCCCUUCUCACACAUACAUGCAAAAGCACACAUGCACACAAGUGCACACAAAUGCAACAUACGGGCACACAAACCACUUCCCCAGCGGCAAGAGGGGGACCAGCCACAAUAUGCCAGAGCCCACCAUCCCCCCAGAGGCUGGGGGGGCCUGUUUGCCUGGUGGAGCUGUGACUCUCUACUUACUGAUCACCAGCCUUCUUGGCCCACACGUGUCUGCCUUCCAGGUGCAAGUGCUGGGCAGUGA